UGACCAGGCGUGUUUACACCUGCAGUCUUUAGUCAGGCGCUUACAGCGCUAACGUUAAUUUUUUGCUUUUUAAACACCGAGAGAAGACUUGACAGUGUGGUGUGAGAUUGCAGUCUGGCAGACGCUCACUGGGAGCUGCUCUAGCCCAUCUGUAUCCUAGGAGAAACAAUCCAUCAUUGCCCUCAAGCUCCUGGAAGCCAGAGCUCCUUAGUGUCCACCAUGGAUGACACAGAUGUUGAACAGGUGACCCUGGCUCUACUUGAUGCAGCCACUGAUAAAGACUCAGAGGUCCAGGAGCAGGUCAGGAAGUCUAUUUUGACUCUGGGAAAACAGCAGCCAGACCGAGUGUUGGCCAUGUGUCAGGACUACUUAGUGAAACAUCCAAAGUUGGUGGUGAGCCACAGAGUUGUGAUUCUUCAGACUAUUGAGCUGAUUGUUGGCUGCAGGAUAGAAGAGAUCAGUCUCCCCAGGAUAAAGAGUACUAUCUCCCUCGCCUCAGAUGAAAUGACCCGAUCAAAGGAGGUCAUCCCGGACUGGCAGCAAGCAGCCAGUAAUAUCUUGGUCGCGGUGGGUAACAAGCACAUCAAUGAUAUCAUGGAGGAGAUAUUAAACAAGUUCCAGCCGGGGGUCCUGCCUCACUUCUUUGUAGUCCAAACACUAGCAAGCCUCUCUGAGUCAAAUGUUUAUGGCAUGGUACCAUUUCUGAAUGCUAUUCUGGGAACCAUGUUACCCAUGCUGAGCAUGGCAAAACAGGACAACAUGAAGUGGGUCUUCUCUUCUGCUCUGUGUCAUUUCAGCGACAGCAUCUUGGAGUACCUGGCCAACUUAGACAAGGCUCCAGAUCCUUCGGUCAGAAAAGACACAUUCUCCAGUGAAAUCUAUGCUGCUUUUGAAAUCCUCUUCAAUAACUGGUUGCAAAGUAGAGAGCCCAAGUUGAGGCUGACGGUGGCUGAGGCAGUGGGAUCAAUGUGCCACCUGAUGGCCAGCGAUAAACUGGAGGAGCAGAUUCCCAGACUUGUUCCUGCCAUCCUCUCCCUGUACAAGAAAAACAACGAGCACUACGUCAUUAGCAAGAGUCUGUGCCAAGUCUUAGAUGCUUCUGUCAACAUGGGCAGCAGGGUGCUGGAGACACAACUGGAGGCACUACUCUUUGCACUGCAUCAACAGGUGUCUGCCCCUGUUGACUACAAUAACCCUCCGACUGUCAAGAACCACAAUGAGGUCCUGCGCUGCUUCAGUUUACUUGCUAACUCUUUCCCAGAUCGCAUGGUUAUGUUUGUUCUUCAGAAGUUGGAGAACAGUAACGAGCGAAGCAGGAUGGGCUCCUUGGCUGUGCUUCGUCACCUCAUCAAUUCAUCCACUUCUACUAUGGAGAGCAAGAAGCUGCUGAUUCUGGCCAGCAUCAGACAGCCCAUGGCUGACCAUAGCAACAAGGUGAAGAAGCGUGUGGUCCAAGUGAUCAGUGCCAUGGCUCAUCAUGGCUACUUGGAGUUAGAAGGAGGGGAGUUACUGGUUAGAUUCAUAGUUCAACACUGUGCUUUACAUGACACAUAUCAGCGAAGCCAGAAGCCCACAGAUCCAGAGGAGGUGACUAAUGAGUCACUCAGAUCAAUGUGUGACAACACCCUUCAUCUUCUCACGACCACUGUUGGACGACUAGCUGAUGUACUAUGGCCCAAGCUGCUGUACUAUCUGACCCCUACACAGUACAGCAAUGCCACUACUCCUCUCUGUAAGAGUCUUAUAGUGCUGGGCAACAAGAAGAAAAAUAACCAGGAGCCCAGCUUCAAGAUAGACUUUACACAGGAAGUGAAUCUACCAUCUCCCCAAACACUGAUGAUCAGACUGCUGGUGAAUGCAGCUUUUCCAUUAAACAACAGAGGCCAUGGAGCUCCAUCCCUCUCUCUCCUCCAAAUCCUCAGUGUUAACAUUCACCCCAAGGCAGAGACAGUCUGGGACAAAGAAGUACCUCAACUGGUUACAGUACUCGAGGAGUCAACAGCAGAGAGUCUGGAUAAGACAGAGUGGGACAAGAAGCUACUGGAGCUCUUGUCUAAAACCCUGACAGCGCUUGAUGAUGACAAGUGGGUAUGUCAGUUGGCAGCUGAAUCAACAAAAUACCUCUCUACAUAUAACAACGCCUUAGAGGAGAAGAGCUUCCUGUAUCGAUGUAUAGGAGCGACUCUCCAGCACUGUUUCAAUAAGGAGCUGGUAAAAAAACAGCUGCAGGAAAUUCUCCUCACAGCGCGACACAAUGAUGCAGUUGAAAGAGAGGGAGUUGCGAUGGGCAUUGGUCUGUGUGCCAACAGCCACUUAGAGGGAACUCUGGCUAAGCUGGAUGAGUUUGGGAAAUCAGAUGCCUUCAAGAAGUCACCGAGCAUCUUCAACCUGCUCAAAGAGCGAAAUGAUGUCGAGGUGGAGAAAGUGAAAAGCACGUUAAUCCUGUGCUAUGGUCAGGUUGCUGUGAACGCCCCUCCAGAGAUGAUUCUGAACCGCAUUGAUCAGGACAUCCUUCGCUGCAUCAGUAAACACUUCAACACCAAGGUUCUGGGGAUUAAAGUAGAGACAAAGGACCUGACUAUGAAGCUCAGUUUGAUCCAGAGUGUUGGCCUCAUUGCCAAAGCCAUCAGCGAGUGUGUGAAGAAACAGGGCUACAUCUUCUCUCGCAAGCAGGAACUGAUUACUGUUAUGCUGGACUUCAUUAAGGCAGAGCAGGCUGAUUCACUGAGGACUCCAGUACGCCAGCUUGUGAUGAGCACAUGUGCCAACCUUAUGCCACUGGACCCUCCAAUGACUGAGAAUGAGAGCUUUGACUUGCUAAAGGUGUGUGUCAGCAGUGUGUUUUCGCUGCCGCCUGAGACACGCACUCCAGAGAAAACCAAAGAGGAGGAGCCACUCGAUCCCAAGCAGAGAGAGGCGCUGUACAAAGACACGAUGGCUGCUCUGCAGGAGCUGCUGAAGAGCAUAUUGGCCAGAGAUCCCACACCUGAUGGCCUGCAGAAUGUCUUCAAGCACAUUGAGUCAUGGUUGAGUUCUGGACUGGACCACGAGAGGAAGAGAGCGAUCACAGCCACAGCUCACAUACUGGCUUACUAUCUGGAUAACCUGACUGUCAAGAACAUGGUAUCUUUCCACAACCUUGGAGCUCUGCUGGGCCGACUGUCUCCACGCUGUUCGGACCCUGUCCCCGCUGUGCGCUUCGCUGCUAUCGACUGUAUACACACACUGCUUUAUAUACAACUUCGAUAUGAAGGCUUCUCCUUGGAUUACAAGGAUGAAUCUGUAGACUCUUUGCUGCCUUUGAAGGAUCGGCUGGAGAAUCCCGACCACUCAAUUCUGUACAAGACCUGCUCAGACCUCACCAAGGUGAUGAGUAAGCGUCUGCCUCAGCAGCAGCUGACGACAGUGGUGUUCAUGCUGUUUGAAGGGCUCGUCGACAGCCAGACAAACUGCUGUAGAGCUUCAACUGUCAUUCUAAAUACUCUGCUCAAGAACAGAGGAGGUGGACUACAAGACCUGGUCCCAGAGAUGCUGGAGGUGCUACAUGUGCGUCUGCAGAGCAUUACAGAGGAGCAGGUGAGAGUGGCAGUUGGACAGACAGUACUAAUCCUGGCUUCUCAGCAUCUACAGACUGUUAUCAAUACACUAGUCAACCAGCCGCUUCCGUAUGACAACUGGACUGGUGAGAUGUGGAUGGCUUUGGGAGCAGACCCCAUUAUAGCUAAUCAGAUUAUAGAGAUGGUAUUGGAGAAACUUAGCAUCAUGGCACCUUACGUAGACAAGAAGGAGUCAUUGAUGAGAGGAGGAACAACAAAGGUGGCUACCAGUCAGCCACUGGCUAUGACAUGUGGUCUCAAGGAGCUGUUAUUAAAUGGUCAGAGUCAGGAGCCAGCAGUCAGUCUGUUCCCUCGGCUCUUCUCCUGUCUGACUGUCCGACUGGGAGCAAGCGUCGGAGUCUCGGCUCCAAGGGACAGCAACUCAAAAAACACCGCCUCCAUCCACGUAGCAGGGGUAGCAGCUGAUGCACUGAGGAUUUUAUUAGCACGAGUCCAGUUAGAUGAGGUGAUGAAAAGACUGGAUGAGGAUAAUGCCUGGGAUGCAAUGAAGGAAGCCAGCACACAUGUUAAAGGAGUGACACUGCUAGCAAGGGCGAUGGCUAAGCAUGCUGGUCCCAGAUUGCCUGCAAUCGUGGAGUGUCUGUGUCCGUUACUGAACAACAUCUAUGAAUGUCAGAGAAUCACUGUCACCGCUUUCUUUUCUGAGCUGUUGAACCAUCAUGUGGUCACAGAGCUGAUGUUAGUAGAUGUGUUAAUGAAUAACAUGAUGGAGAGGAUAUCGGAUCCAUGCUGCACAGUCCGCAUGUUGGCUGUGCGAGGGCUGGGCAACAUAGCUGUUGGCUCACCUGAAAAGGUGAAUAAAUAUGCCAAGGAGCUGCUGGCAGCCAUGAGCUCAGGAAUGGAGGAGAAAGAUGAUCCAGAUAAGCUGAUUACACACGAGGCCAUGUCUGGCCUGUCCAAAGUUCUUGUCCACUUAGACAAGAAGAAUGUCCACUUACUUGCAGUCUACAUCUUCAUGAGGAUUAAACCUUUCUUGGAAAGCGAGAAUGAUGAUAUCCGCUGUGCUUCCAUCCAUCUCAUGGGAAAUCUGUCCAAGUUUGGCUCAGGAGAGCCAGUGUUCAAAGACCAGAUCCACAAUGUUCUGGUCAGCCUGCUGUUACAUCUGGUUGACCCAAACUCAGAGGUGGUCAAGGCUUGCAAAUAUGCGAUGCGAGUGUGCGCUCCUGUGGUGGGAUCAGAGCAGAUCACAGCCAUGUUUCAGAACCACCUCCAUGAAGAUAAGAGCUUGCACUACGGAGAGUUCAUCAAUGACCUCACAAAAUAUCUGAUUCAGGACUUUCCUGGCAUGCUGAACUUCUACCACAUUUCAGUCAUCCAGUUCUUCAAGAGCAACUGGCCUGAGGUCAGAGCAGGAGCUGCCAUGUUUAUAGGGUUCUUGCUGGGAAAUAUUCAAGAGGAGCAUCGAACCCACCUCAACAUGGGCACCAUCACUAAAGGUUUGGUAAUGCUGCUCCAAGAUCCAGAUCCUGUUGUGAGAGUGAAGGCUGCUGAGGCCAUGGGACACUUCCACUGACACACACACACAAAUUUAUAAUGCUUGGUCACAUAAAAAUAGUAAUUUAAAUAAAAAUAUUCAGCACACUGUUAGAGUGUGAAGCCAUUCUCAAAUGAUCCAAAUAAACUAAGUGCAGACUUCCAUUAAAACCAAACCAGGGACCAAAACAGGAGGAAGUAAGAAGCCAAACGCUCACAUGAUCAUACCAAUGAAAACUGAAAACACAGUCAUAAACACACAUGCAGAUACAUUUAGCAACUUUGUUUCGCCCUUCUAACCCUUUAUAAUGGUACUUGAAGAAAGUGUUCAUUCUUAACUGUAUUUUAAUGACCCAGGACUGUGUUGCUCUUUACAGAUAGACCUCAUCUGUAGCAUUCUGUCAAUGAGAUACACUGUGUUCUCUCAAUGAAUAUGCGAUACCUGCAAGUUUCUAGUGCGAACAUGAAAACACAUUUGAGCUUGAAGUAAAACGUUUUUAGAAUAAUUCUAGGUUCUUUGAAUAUGUGAGCAAGUGAAAGUUGCACAUUUGAAGUACGAUUAUUCCACGUGAGUGUGGUUGGUAGCUAAAGUGUGUGUGUGUGUGUGUGUGUGUAUAGUCAUGCCAGCAUUUUGUAAUAGGUUCAGUGAUAUGUGGAGUUUAGUUCCAGAAAAUCUCCGUUAAAGAUAGUUGCAGUGUAGUAGGCUUGGUUUUAGUGUGCUAAAGACCCCGCUCCCACCCUUUUUGAAUUUUUUUUUUUCCUGCCCUCAGUCAAGACCCUGUGAAAAGUGUUUAGAUCAGUUAGAUUUGUGGUUCCGUGUGUGUGAAUGUGAAGCCUAAAAUAAAAAUAAAUGCACGAGCGCUAGAGCAGAUGCCAGAUUUAGAGGGUUGUCAGUAUGUUUGGAGGAUGUGAGUAAAAGCUGCUGCUUUAAUCCAUAUCAUUAAGUCACUAAAUCAGCCAGCAAUAAUCAGUCAGUAACUGUUAGUGUUUUUAUAACCAGCAGGACUCAAGCUCAGGCGCUUUGAGAACAGAGUAAGAGUUUGACUGAUAAGCUGGUGUCUAGCUCACAGUCACUCUUUAAGCAUAUCGAUGCUGUUUAUAAAUCACUGCCAUCUCUACAGCCGUAACAGUCAUGUCUUUAGUUGGGCUUUUAAGGCUGCUUUGAUUGCUUUCUUGUUUGAUCAGCACACGGUUAAUUUUGUUUUUUAAUUGCACAUUACUCAACACAACAGUUACUCACUGCACUUAAGUUAAUUGCAUAAAAGAAUCAUUGCCAAACCUCCUUCAUAAAAACACCAGCCAAAUGAUAUCAAUCCAUAAAUCUGAGAGGUCUCACAUUAUUUAGGAAACUAACUCAACUCCAAUUUAGAAUUCUCAACAAGACAAUCCUAGCCAAUAAAAUCAUUACUAUCCAGUGUUGAUUUGUUGAAGAGUCCAGUUUAACCGUGAUGAAACCAGUGCCAAAUGUCUACAGAUAUCAUUUCUUAUAUUGUAGAGAUGCUGUUAAUGAUUUUCCUUUUUUCUAACUUUGAAAGCACUUAAUUUUUGUUUAGUUUUACAGUUAUUGCCUCCAUCUGUGCGGUUUUAGGGUACUGCUGUGGGUUUGUGUGUAAAUAUGUGUGUGAGUAGUAUAUUCUGUGAGAAUGGCUUUACAUGGAACUGUAGUUUUUAUGUCUCCAAAUUAAUGCGCUCAAAGGCAGCAAGGUGAAAAUAAUACAAUGUGUAUCCAUGUUCAGAUUGAUUUAAUGACAGACAUGUCCAGAAACUCCAAAUCAGGUGACAGCAGUGCAUUGUUUGUUGUAAAAUUUACCUCCAAUAUUUCUGUUGCACUUUUGAGCUCUGCUGUGCAGUCCCUGAUUGGGGACCUGGUCAGCAAACCUCUGCUAAUUUUCUUCCAAUGUUCAGCAUCACAAGUCUUUUUUUUUUUCAUGUUUAUUUUGCACUUAAUAAUAAUUGAGACCCAUUUGUCUCUUAAUGCUUACAUUCACACUAUAAAUGUAUUAAUCGCAUACAUAAGCUGCUCCUGGAUCUGUUAUAGUUACCCCUGCAAACAGGGACUCAAGGCCUCCUGCACUUUGUAACACUAUGGCUUGGUUUAGGGUGGUUGGUAUUGUUCUCUGUUGUUUUAAACUUUGUACCGCUGAUAAGAUUGUUCAUGUCUUCCUGAUUUUUUUUUUUUUAACAUGUUGUUAUGAAUGUUAGAUGGCGGUACGGCUAUUUCAAUUGUGUCUCUGUGUUGAAGCGCAAGUGUGUGCAUGUCUCGUUUCAGCACAGCGUGGACAAGGGCAAUCAGUGCAUCUAAUAUGAAUAAAUAAACAGACCCAUUAUACUAUAA